AUGAUACGGCAUAUUAAUUACAAAAAAUCUGCAUUUUUAAAAAAUAUCAGCACAAAAAAAAAAUCUAGACAAUUCAAACGUUUAUUUUGCAUAAAACAAAAAUUAAAUGUUAAUUUAUUUUUUAAUCUUUGCGGAAAAAUCUAUCAUUUGUCUUUUGUUGUGAAAUUUUAUUGCGGCAAAAUCCGUCAUUUAAUUAUUUAA